GCCCCGCCGCCGCCGCCGCCGCCCGAGGUCCCGGCCCAGCCUCAGCCGGAGCCUCCUGCGAAACGUCCGGGGCCUUCCGGUGUCGCCCGGUCGCUCGGCCCUGGCGCCUGCCCAGCUCGGGCUUCGGUGCCUCGCUCUCCCUCGAGUUGGUAACGUAGCCGGGUGGUCCGGCCGCCUCCUCCUGCAAGGCGCGGCCUGGGGAAGAGCCACCGGCGCCCUUCCGCUGCCCGGAAGGUGGGACUGCGCCGCGCAGCUCGCGGGCGGCCUCGGGACCCGCCGGCACCCCCAGUGGUCUGCCACGGCCCGUGGAAGGGGCCAGGCCCUCGGGCAGCCCCCCGGUCGCCCCCCGCUUCCCCCACCCCUGUCACACGGGCCCGGAUCUCUCCCCUCCCAACACGUGCAGGCUUCAACCGCUCUCUUUCUUUUACAUGUGAAUCGUAUACCUUCACUUGUGCAUCUACCUACCUGCUUUUGCUUUGUUUUUCCCUUCCAACCUUAGCGCAUUUUCCCCAUCCCCAUCCCCGCGGAGAUCUGAAUCCUUUGAAAUGCCUGCUCCGUGUUUGCCCCUCACCCGCUCAGCCUUGGAGUUCCUUGUCCACAAUUUCCCCUCAGUGCCACACGUGUGCCAACAGGUGACUUUCUUCAGACCAGUCUUUCACUGCUGGACAUGAUCUUGAACCUUUUUUCUAUCCACAUUCACUCCCUAGAUGAAUUGAUCCAGUCUCCUAGGCUCAAAACCCAUUGAAUGCCAAUGAACCCCAAAUGUAUAUUUCCAGCCCUGACCCUCCCCUGAACUUCAGACCCGUGUGCUCAGCCGCCCGCCCACAUCUCUUCUUAGCUAUCUAAGGCAUCUCCAGAGCAGCAGGUCUUCAACAGCUCCUAACAUUCCCCCAGACCUGCUCCUCCCACGCUUUUACCCUCUCAGGUUACUGGAAACCAUUCUCCCCGUUGUCCAGGCCUUAGUGUCCUCCUUGACUCCUGUUUUCCUCCCUCCCCACAUUCAGUCUGUCAACACACCCUUCAAAACAUACCCAGAAUAGAUACACAAUCCUACCAUCUCUCCCAACCCCCGCUAUCGCCACCCUGGUCCAGGCCACCAUCAUCUGGUGCCUGGAUUAUUUCAGCAGCCUCCUAAUUGGUCAGUCUCCCUGCUUAUGCCCUACCCACUGCCUUGAGUAUAGAUGCUCUAAUGCUGUUUUGUCUUUCUCUGCUAUUUCAAGAGGAUACGUUUUUUAAAGAGGUAUGAAUUUUAUAGUUCCCAUAGAUAAAAAUACAGUAUUUUUAGUCUGUAUUUUGAGAAUUGCAACUUUUAAACCAGGUAGACAAAGCUACCUAAGCACCUUCCUGUUAACAAGCUAACACUGACUGUAGAGAAGAAUAAAAGAAUCCAGAGCCGCCUUCCGAGUGAGAAAAAGACGUCAUGUGGGAAUUUAGGCUGUUUGUUCCCCAGUCUUUCUUUUUUGGUUUUUUAGAGAGGCACCAAAAGAGGCAAGUUGAGAUGGAGACAGAUGGUCAUCCCUGUGCUGAUCACUUUGCUAGAACUCUUCUAGGCACUUGGAAUAAUACAGAAGUAGACAAAACGGUCAAAACUACUGCCGUCAUGAAGCAUGCGAUUUUAGUGGGGAAGUCAGGCAACAAGUAAACCAAAUAGGUUUUUUGAAAUAUAUUCUUUCCAUAAAAAGAGACCAAAACAUGUCAAAAAAUACUACCCUGGAAACCUCAUAAAUACUAUAGUGUGAAGAACCCUCCACUCAGAACAUACUGUUGGUCCUCAUACAUCUCAGGAACAGGAACAUUUGAUAAAGAACGGCAGGCUGUUGACCAUGUCUUUGGCCAAUGCAGCGGAAACCCACGUGGAUGAGCGUUUCCCCGGGGUGGCAUUAGAAAACCCCAGGAGGUCUGCGGAGCUCGGGAGCCACCCUGGCACAGGCACAGGCGACCAUCCAGGGACCAGCAACGCCUCCGACAAGAGCGUGGAUUACAGCCGCUCGCAGUGUUCCUGCCGAAGUUCUUCUCACUAUGAUUAUUCGGAAGACUUUCUCUCCGAAGGUUCAGAAACACCUGUUAAUAGAAAUUAUCUAGAGAAGCCUGUGGUAAAAGGGAAGAACGAGGAGAAGAAAAAGUGUAAUGUUUCUAAAAUCUCCCAACCUAAAGUUAACAGGUGGCCUUGUUACAGAGUACCAGAGUACCUGGAUUUCACUGGCAUCUUGCCUUUCAUCCUAGCUGAAGAAUCAAGGUUUGAGUCGCCAAUGAAAUGUAAAGACCUGUCUCAGCUCCCCAAGAAGAUGGUCUCCAAGUCCGGCCAGAAGGAAAUCCCAGUUGAAAAAAAGCGCAGCUGGAAUGCACCAUUUUUAAAUUCUCAAAUCAAUAUGACCACCCAAAGAAGAGGCGUUAUGGCUCAUCGCAUACUCUCGGCAAGGCUUCACAAGAUUAAAGAACUGAAAAAUGAAGUAGCGGACAUACAUCGGAAACUGGAAGCCACAGUAAUAGAAAACCAAUUUUUGAAACAACUUCAGCUUAGGCACUUGAAAGCUAUAGGAAAAUAUGAGAAUUCACAAAAUAAUCUACCUCAAAUUAUGGUUAAACACCAGAAUGAAGUAAAAAGCUUAAGGCAGCUACUUAGGAAAUCCCAAGAAAAGGAAAGAAGCAUAUCUAGGAAACUCAGAGACACCGACGGCGAGCUCCUGAGGACUAAAGAUGCUUUGCAGGCGCUGCAGAAACUUUCUGAGGACAAAAAUCUUGAAGAGAGGGAAGAACUUACUCAAAGAUUGUCUAUUCUUAAGACAAAAAUGGAGGCAAAUGACAAACAAAUACAGAGCUUGGAACAACAACUGAGGUUGAACAGGAAAGCCUUUAAUCGCCAGCUGGCCAUUGAGAACCACAAGACUUGUGCCGCUCAAACAGCCACAAAGACUUUGCAGAUGGAAGUAAAACGCCUUCAGCAAAGACUUAAGGAGAAGGAUCGAGAGCUUGAAAUUAAAAACAUCUACACUAAUCAGAUACUUAAAAAUUUACAUGAAAAAGAAGAUUAUCCAAAAGUUUCUUCAACAAAAUCAGUCCAAGCAGUCAGGAAAAGUUUUUCACUUUCAAGUGUGAGACACCAGGAAACCCAAAAGUCGGAAGACAGCCCAUCUUUAACAGCCAAGGGUAAAAAGACAACAGGAAGCGUUGGCCAUAAAGCGAAAUCAAGGGCCGUCAUCCAGGCGGUUCCUCACCUUCUCAGCCAGGUGGCUCCUCACGUUCUCAGCGACCCGCCGAGCCAGGGCGACUCCAAGAGGAAACACGAAGGUUUAUCACAGGAAGAGGAACACUGGGAAGUGGAGCCACCUCUGAAGAAUACUGGAAGACAAAGAGAGAACAAGGAAGAUCAAGAAGAAAAAGCCACUUUAGUGAAAGAAGAACUACCACCAAAAACAAUUCAGGUAACUCCUGAAAGGGAAGGCAGUCAGGAGGAAGACACAGUGAAAGAGAAGUUUAAAGGGCGUCUACACAUAAGCGACACGGACGAGAGACGUGAUAAACAGGCUGCCCCAAACAGCAAAACAUCCUUCAGACAGAGAAAGCAUUAUUCCUUCACAGAAGCCAUCGAAAACCUGCAUCACGGGCUCCCGGCUUCGGGCGGGCCAGCCAACGCCGGCAUCCUGAGAUACGGUCACAGCACAAGCAGACGUCGCGGCAACGCGCAAGAGCUGAAGCUAGAACCCGCGGCUAGCGGGUAUGAACCCUCCUUCGGGAUCUCUUCCAGAACCAGCGCAAAGGAGACGACAUUCCGAGAUAAGAAAAGCAGCCUAAUGGAAGAACUCUUUGGCUCAGGCUGUGUCCUAAAAGAUGAGCAAACAGGUACCGGAGGGUCUGAGGAGACUUCGAGAAGUAAGAAGAUGCUCCACCUCCCUCCCAGCCAGGCCUCGGCCAGCAACGCGUUUGGAGAUUCUAAAGUAACUAUGGUAAAUUCUAUGAAGUCCUCUUCACCCACAGAAGGAAAAAGAAAAAUAAUUAUUUAAAUAUAAUCAAUAUCCUAAUACA